AUUUUUUUUUCAACAUUGGAAAGUUGAAUGGCAGGGGGGUUGGUGAGCCUUCAUUUGGAACAGGAGACACUGGAGUGGUGAUUUUUGAGCCGACGACAGAAACCUGCACAGAGGGAACCAAGCAGUGCGACCUGAACGCCCAGUGUGUGGACUACCCCCUCGGCUACUGCUGCAAGUGUUUGGAUAAUUACUAUGGCAACGGGAUCAGCUGUCUGGAGAUGGGAGAGCCUCAGCGAUUGAAUGGCAAGGUUUAUGGAGAACUGAACGGAAGCCCUGUAGCUAAUCUGGACAUGCAUAUAUACAUUGUGUCGAGAGACGGGAGAGCUUACACUGCCGUCAGCCGCAUACCUCCAGAAAUGGAGGGAAAUAUGCGCUCAUUGGUUACCAUUGGAGGAAUCAUGGGAUGGAUGUUUGCACAGACUCAACAUCCAGAUGCCAAAAAUGGAUACACGUUGACAGGUAAUGUUGACAG